CUUCACAUGUCAUGCAUGUGCCCCAGACAUGCUUGCAAUUUCAGUGGAUGGAAACCGCAAGCAUUACCGUUUCAAGAAUGCAGCCAGAUCUGAGGAACUGGGCAUCUUUGAAGACGCCUUCAUAGCAAAGGAUGAAGAUGUGGGAAGAUUUGUGGACUACAUACACAGCACAUCCAGACAUGUCUCCGGACGAGGUGUUUGUGGAGGGGAGUGGUCAGCAGCCAGAGAGACCUCCCAAAGAUCCAGCAGCAAGGUGGAUGAGGAGGGACUGGAGCUUGCAGUGUGUAGGCAUGGAGUGCUGCUCCGUGCUCUAAAUAUGUACAGGGGUGAAAUUUUUGCUUAUCCCUUGUACCUGCAACAAAAGCUGGCCAAUAGACAUAUCACUUUUUUUUGUAUGGAUGUUACCUGCAAGUAUUGGCCAUAUCUUGAAAGAGUAACAAAAAGCUGUCCAGAGCUCCAGCAACUUCUUAGCAUGAAGCCAUUUCUUUCAGUCUUCCAUGCUAAAGCCCACGAUUUCAAAUGUGAGGUGAAAUGGAGUGGAGCAUAUCAAGAUGGGGCUGGUUUGACUCUAGGGGAGGAGGUAGAGCAAUGUAAUGCCUUUUUGUCAAGGAUUGCAGUUACCACAAAACAUAUGUCCAAAGCAGGACGGAGUGACAUGCUAACUCUUAUGGCCAUGCGCUGGAAUCAACAAAAGCUAGACCAGUUGGCCACCUCUCUGACCCAUCGAUAUCAGAAGGCCACAAAAGCUCUUCUAACCCAGCUUCAGAACCUGGAGUCCUUAAAAGUCCAAUUAGCAGUGACUGACAGUCAACUGGAUGAAUGGGUCAGUGAUGUAAAGGAUUGGGCAGAAGCAACAACAAGCACAAGUGAUAUUGAUCCCUUGGUGAGCAGAAUCGAAGUGCUCGUAGCAAGCAUAAAGAGACGAUCCCAGCGUCUGUACAAAGACACCGAUGGAAAUAAAGCCCGUGCCAAGAUUCGUCGCAAGAUCAGAGAAGAGAAAGGAAUCUUGACUUCUGCUGUGGAAAAAUACAACAGAAUGUUUCCAGACAAAGAAACUCUGUGCAUGGAAGAAAUUCUGUCUGGUGACACAAGCUGGCCACUCUGUCAGCCUUACAACAAAGAGAAGGGCAUUCGAUAUCAUCAUGGCAAUAAGAAGACUUGA